CUGAACUCACUUUGCUGAGGCCGAGGUGCCACUGGCAACUUUUGGACUGUCAUAGUGGAUAUAGACCCACAGAUAACGUCUGGAGUGUCUGUGAAACAUAUGCAGUGACUUUUUUUUCCAUAUUUCAUACAUAUUCAGAGACACUCAGUCCAAUUCAAUGAUGUCUGCAGUGUGUUAGCGUGCCUCCGAGACUGCUGUUUAUCUGCACAGCUCAUCUGGGCCUGUUUGAGAGCUGCUGCCAAGGUCCUCAUAACUGUUGAAAUCAAAGAGUUUUGUGAUAGAAAAUGGCUCCUGCCGUCGGUGGUCCUGUAGGCUACACACCCCCUGAGGGUGGCUGGGGAUGGAUGGUGGUAGCCGGGGCCUUCAUCUCCAUUGGCUUCUCGUACGCAUUCCCCAAAUCCAUCACUGUCUUCUUUAAGGAGAUUGAGGCAAUCUUCAAUGUGACCAGCAGCCAGGUGUCCUGGAUCUCGUCCAUCAUGCUAGCGGUCAUGUAUGGCGGCGGUCCCAUCAGCAGCAUCCUGGUUAAUAAAUAUGGGAGUCGUCCUGUUAUGAUGGCGGGAGGAUGCCUGUCUGGAUUGGGUCUCAUAGCUGCCUCUUUUUGCAAUUCUGUUGAAGCACUAUACUUUUGUAUUGGUGUGGUGGGAGGUUUGGGAUUGGCCUUCAACCUCAACCCUGCCCUCACCAUGAUUGGAAAGUACUUCUACAAAAGGCGGCCUAUUGCUAAUGGAAUUGCCAUGGCUGGCAGCCCUGUCGUUCUCUCCACCAUGGCUCCUAUAAACACCUGGCUUUUUGAAAAGUUUGGUUGGAGAGGAAGUUUCUUGAUCCUGGGUGGCCUGCUUUUCAAUUGCUGUGUCGCUGGUUCCCUCAUGCGACCCAUAGGACCGAAACCCAAACCUGCAGAGAAGACCACAGAGAGGAUGACUAUAUCGCAGAGGAUUAACAGCUUCAUCGAUCUCUCUCUGUUCAAGCACCGUGGCUUUAUGCUUUAUAUUACUGGCAAUAUUAUCAUGUUUUUCGGUCUCUUUGCGCCACUGGUGUUCCUCAGUAACUAUGCAAAGAGCAAAGACAUUCCCAAAGAGAAGGCUGCCUUCCUCCUGUCUGUGCUGGCUUUUGUGGACAUGGUUGCCCGGCCCUCAAUGGGUAUUGUGGCUAACACCAAGUGGGUGCGGCCCAGAAUACAGUACUUCUUUGCUGCAUCUGUGCUGUACAACGGCGUUUGCCAUGUUUUAGCACCAGUAUCGGUAGACUACAAAGGCUUUGUGAUUUACUCCAUCUUCUUUGGGUUUGCUUUCGGCUGGCUGAGCUCAGUGCUGUUCGAGACCUUGAUGGACCUGGUGGGAGCCCAGCGCUUCUCCAGUGCUGUUGGGCUUGUCACUAUCGUGGAGUGUGGUCCUGUAUUGUUAGGACCCCCUUUGCUCGGGAGGUUCAAAGACAUCUAUCAUGAUUACAAGUACACGUACCAGGGCUGCGGGAUCCUCCUCAUCGUCUCCAGUGUCAUCCUGUUUGCAGGGAUGGGACUCAACUAUCGACUGCUGGACAAGGAGAAAAAAGAGGAGGAGAGGAGGGCCAGGAUGGGAGGUAGAGAACUUAAGUCCAACAGGGAAAAUGCUGCCAAAGAGGCCAGCAACACAGAAGACACUGUCUAAUAUUCUGUGCCAUGUUAGAUUACAUUUUUGUUCAAUUUAAUUUGGUCUGCAAGGGGUGUACAUAUAUGAAAAACAGAUGGCUUCAUGAAACAGAACAGCAGAUAAACAUUAUUUCGUGUCCUCUUCUGUUUCAGAAUGUCUUUGAAGACCACCACAGAGGCCUCACCAAUUUAAUAUAUUCACACACUUAUUAAAGCCCUUUAGACUCUAGUGACCAAUCCACAUUAAAUACCUCUUAUAUUCUUAUAGGGACUGUUAUAUGUGCUUGGUAGACUAUUCAAGUUUGCUCUGACUUUAAUGUGCCUUAGAUUGUUAGGAUAUUAUGGUAUUUUUACAUUUCAGAUGGUGCCACUUAAUUUUUUUACAGCAUGCUAUUUCCAGUAUUUUAACCCUUUUAAAAUGUACCAUCAAAUAAUUAAAGUUAUUUUUCAGUGGGGAACAUUCAAGUGCGGUGCUCUAUGUUUUUUUUAGAAGCAAUAGCAAAUAUUCUCUGUGAAAGUGCAUAAUUGUAGUUUUUCUCACGAUGCUCUCAAACACAUUUAUAAAGACUUUUGCUUUUCCCAAGGACCUGCUGGCUCUGUAAAGUUUUGGAAGGUUUGAAAACAUCCUUGAUGCAAUUAUGACUUUGUAUAUUCUACAGAUAUAUUCAUACUAAUCCUCUUUUUCUCUUUAAAACAUGUUUUGCUUGCCUCAUUUUUAUGAUAGAUGAUGGAAAUUAUCGAUAAUGCUGAUGUUACUAAACCUCAUUGCAUAGCUAUUCACAUGAUAAGAAAAUGUGCCACUAACUUAAAGUACCUGUAUAUUGAACACAUUAUAAAAACCAAUAAACUGUCAUUUGACAAAAA